AACAAAAAAAAAAAAUUAUGUUUUGUAACAUUUUUAUGAUUGAAAUUGCAUUGUUACUGUUAUUAUUUCCUGUACUGUUUUGAAUUGUAAAUAAGAAAUAUUAAUAUUUAAAAUGUUUGAAAUGUUUCUUUUUAUAAAAUAUACGAUAUAUAAAUAUUUGUUUAGCUGAAUUAAAAAAAAAAAGAACAAAAACUAAAGUUUUAUGUAUAACAUUUAAAUAAAAUUUUGUUAAUGUCCAAAAUUAUUUUCGCUCAGUGUUUCUUCAUCCACUCCCUUGCUGUCGGCGUGGUGACAAAGCGUGCGUCUUCUAUUCUUUCACAGGACGUCACACCUUAUCAGUCAGAUCACUUCCUCUCCCUAUAGUUCAGGUCACUCACUAUGUUAAUCACAUUAAGCCAGGUUUCCAUUCAGGCUGAAAUGAGGCAAGAAAAAAAAAGCUUUCUAAAAUUAAAUCGGCCGUGGCUGCAGCUGUGCAUAGCAGUCCCUCAUAUCCUGUCUAUUGACUGGACCAGGCAGCAGAUAAUUAUAUAUAAUUGUGAGGUCCUUCACCUGCACAAUAGACGGAAAUGUGUGAAAUAGAAAUGUGUAAUGAGCAAACUCAGACUGAAACAAAGACGAAGAAAAUCAAUAUUUGCCUUGGUGCUCUUAAAUCUUUAAAUCUAUCAGCUGCUCAUGCCAACUAUGUUGUUUCCAGUUUUAACACAUGUAACAGUGUGGACUUAAAAAAUGAGACAGAAGGUAAUGCAGGUUGAAUUAUGAUUUGUUGUCUGCUUUCAAAUUUUCUUCAAGGAGUAACAUUUAAUAUGCAGUGGUACUUGGCUUAAAAGGGGCCAGCUCAAAACAUGAAAAGGGUCUUCUGCAUCAAAGCUUUCAGAUAAAAGAGAUCAGGGUUAUUGUGACCAGUAAAAAAGGCUUUUGACUUUAGGUCGACCUGGAAGGAGGGGAGUUUGUGAAGAAGGGCCAGGAGGUCGGUGAAACUCAAUCUGCUAUACUGUUGCCGUACAGUAAUCCUCCAUGAAAAGAAAGGAGCAGACUCCAAAAGCAACAAUCCUUUGUUUUGGAUCAUUGAUUUAUGUCAGACGGGUCAGAACAAAGUCAGCAGCCAAAUGAAUCCGAAUCAGAGCAGCUUGUUCAGAUGUGAUGGAGCCUGGAGGCUCUCAUCAUCACUGCUAUGUGUCCGUCUGUUGUUUGAUCUCGCACUGUUCUCUGCUGUAUUUACCCCGAAGCUCUGUUUUCCUUUGUGCCUUGCAUCUUCAUUGUCGACUCAAUAUUUCACUAUAACCACAACUGAUGCCUGAGCCAGACUAUUUUAUUAGUGUGUGCGAGGAGCUGAGAUGCCAUCUGGAAAAAGGAAUUAACGAAGAGAAUGAUUUUGUUUUAAUUGAUAACAGCAAGACAAUUAGAUGAGUUUUUGAAUCAUCUUCAUUCAUUUCAUUAACUGAUUUGCUGAAUGUUCCCCCUGGUAGACUUUGUUGUAAGUAAGAUUUAAUAUGAGAUUUUAACAUGUCAUAUUUUAAGAUAUUUUCUUAACCAACUAGCCAUUUUUAACACACGUGCAGUAUUUUGGUUGUAAUGCUAUCCAAUGUCAAAAUGAUCUUCUGUAUAUCCUGUUGUGUGCUCUGUUUGCCUUUCUGUAACUACAAAUAACAUAUGUGGCCCCAUGGAACAGUAACUUGUUAUUGGGAUAUCCAUCAGGAAGAAGUAGUUACAGCAACUUAGAGAUACUUUCUGCUAAAAUGUAUUUAUUAUGCGAGAAGGCCCCGACUUUCGGACACAGAAGAGUAUAAAACUUGUGAUUGAGCUUUCAUCGGAAGUUAAAUUACAUUAAAAUUAAGCAUGUACUCUGGCAUGGAAUGAUUUUUUUCCAAUAGUUGGGUAUAAUUACUGACCAGCAGAGUCAUUGUUUAUUUAUUGAUGCUAAGCCUGUGGUUGCAGUAUUGCACAUAAGGAGGUUAAGUGGCCCUGAACAUAGAGCUUGUGGUAAAAGACAGCACGCAGUCCACUGUCUCUGUCAUUUGUCUGUCUAUCUCCACCUGACAAGACCGCUGACACAUUUCUAUCUCUGUCUCUUCACUCUCCCUCUGUGGUCGCAGACCUGACGUAUAGCAGAUUGAGUUUCACCGACCUCCUGGCCCUUCUUCACAAACUCCCCUCCUUCCAGCCAAUUGGUGUUUCUGUCUCUCUCUCCCUCUCUCUCGCCUCCCUCCCCUUCUGCAGUGUAUUUUGUGAACCAGAAAGAGUGGGCUGAUUGGGUUUCUCUCCUCUACAGACCGGCUUCUGUAUGCCUGUCUCCCUCCCAGCGACCUAGACUCUAGUGGGGUCAGGUUGCUGUGAGCCAGCACUAUUCAGUCCAGGUCACAGACAUCAAAAUGUCUCCAAGCCUACCUGGUAGCUAUUGGCUCUUCCUGACAAUAUUUCAUAUUUUAUAUUAUUUUAAAGCGUGCAUCUUUUCAUGUUGGAGUCAGGCCAGCUAAACUACAGGUGUGCUCAGAGGCUGUCUGGUCUAUUUAUAAUGGGUUACAACCUGUGGCCACAUGAGAUCCAUUGGUGCACCUGACCAUACAAUCCCGGCUGUGGACACCCCAUUGAGUGUAAUUAUCUAUAAUUUCCUUCUUUGUGUGCAGCCUGUCUGUAUUUGAUGUCUGUUGCAGUGAUUCCUCCUCUUAUUAUUUAUCAAACGCUUGUUUUGUUUUCAUGUGUUUUUUUUUCCAAGACUGCCUGUCAUCAUUGGGUUAACCCCCUGACCUCUGCCUUUAUCAAACCUCAUGCAUAUUCAUGAGAGAGGACCAUUUAUUAAGUAGGCUUAAAUUAGAGGCCAGCUAACCCCGAUUGUCUCCUUGUCUUCUGAGUGAAAUGAAUGAAACCUUACUGUGCAUACAGUGUCUCUCUUUUUAUAUAUGAUCUUCUGCGCCACAGUCAGACAAAAUACCAAAAGGUGGCCUUUUCUCAGUUUCAUUCCUAGAUUUAUCCUUGCUGACAGAUGUAAUUAAUAUUUUAGAGGGAGGAUAUUGUAAUCCCAACAGAGACAUGAGUAUUACAAGAGGAAGAGGGAGGUGCCAAAAAAAAUCUGAUCCCCUUCAUCUUUUCUUGAGCUAAAACUUGAGAAAAAGUUACUACGCGACUGUUUUGCCUACAAAAGUUGUCAGAAAACUUGCUGGUUCAGUGAUCCUGCAGGUUUAGUAGCUCUCCCGCCAUUCAAGCUCUUGUGCAGUGCACAUUUCAUUUCCGACCCCUGCUUAGUUUUCCUGAAACUAGACGCCGGGUGCUGAUUAAUAAAACAUCCUUUGUGUGCUGCUGGCUGAUCACCGGAGCCCUUUCAGGUGUAUAAGUGGUGAAAGGCGACAUAAUCUGCCCCAGAACAAGAUCUGGACUGAGAUUGAGGCACACAGAAUAGAGAGGAGCACACUAGAAGAAGCAUGUUAAAGCCUCAGCAGCGCGGUGAGCUUCUCCUGUGUGACUCCCCGCCGGUUUUUGGGAAGCCGUGGUACUGGCAGCGCAGCAGCAGCACCAUGGAGAGCACCCGCAGCCUGGCGCAGGUCAUCAUGGAGAUGCGCGAUGAAAUCAAGAAGCUGGAGGAGGAGAACCGAGAGCUGCGAGGAGGCUACGGCCAGCGGUCAUUUGGGGCCGUGCCAGGUGAAGGCAGCUCGGUAUCUGCAGGAGCAGAGCAGUGGGUAGGAAUGGAGGAAAACCCCUAUGUGAACCUGAGGAGAAAUGCAUCUGCGCCAGUCCUGGAGAGAACAUACAAAGAGAACACUGUCAUGACUGUCCGAAGGUACUCCAUAAGCUCCAACCUGUCUGGGGUCACCAUGAGAGAGGGGAGGACAGACAGGGCACAGCGGAGUGACUCUGGUUGGGGAAGACUACAAGAAGAAAUUCAGCAUGGAAACGGCAUCUUUGGUAACACAACUAAAGGAGAAGUGGCAACCAACAGGCACUCCCUGCAGGAAUAUGUACACAAAAACAGAUCCAAAGUAAAAACUGUCACGUUCCUUCUACCCGUGGAUGACAUUUACACCAACCGGCCGGUUCUCACCAAGCACCACGAGGGGCCUAAGAUCACCGAGCUGGCUUCAAUAAGUGAGACAGAUUCUUGAAAGAAGAAGAAGAAGAAGCAGAACUUUUUUUUUUUUUUUUUAAGACUUUGGCCGUGGUCAUGAGACCAACUGAAUUGAGCCCCGGUGGCCUCAAAACACGUUAGCCUCUUCAUUUAGGUCAGUGUAGAUUGGGCUCUUACUGAGUGAGCCAGCAGACCGAUUUUAUCACACCUGACCACACAAACAGAAGACUCUGGUUACAGGUGUUGUUUUCAUCCGGCCAUUGCGAUCCAGGCCCGGUCAACAGUGAUGAGACAUGAGGCCCUCUGCUGUGAGGAUCAGAUGUCUGGACUCUUCUCUCAACCUGGGGUGUUGUUUUUGGAGUGAGACGCACACAUACACCUGCAGGUGACAUCUCUUUUACGGACAGUUGUGGUCACUGACUCAGGCCUCGUGAGCAACGACGUACUCAUUAUUUAUUCAUCUUUGUUUCUUUUCACAAUGUAAACUUAAAUGGAGUUGUCAAGGCCACGUGUGUGUUUGUGUCCGGCUUCUUGACUGCAUUCCUAAAGAGUGUAGUAGUCUAAAUCGCACACUGUAGUGUCUGCUUUCAUGUAUGGAAAGCUCCUUUAUAAAUAUAGCAGUGUAUGAUAAUCAAAGUAAAGCAAUAUAAGCUAUUAUCUGUGAUAUAUGCAGUGUUAUGAAUUGUGACAGAUUUUAAGAAGCUCAUUUAUUAUGACCAUUAUAUUUCACUCUUGUCCUUAUUGUAGGUCCGUUUAAAAUGUCAAAACAAUACAGUAAUAUCAUAUUUAUGUAUUUACAUGACUGCAUUUUGU